UUGUGUGUCCUGUCUGUCUCUGUGUUGCCCUGCGACAGACUGGCAACCUGUCCAGGUUGUCCAGGUUGUCCCCGCCUCUUGGCCGGAACGUUAGCUGGAGAUAGACACCAGCAAUCCUCCCAAUCCCACUAGGAACAAAGGUGUACAGAAAAUGGAUGGAUGGAUACACCCUUAUUUUCUUUAUUGUGUUUACAGACAAUAAACACAUCAUGUUUCCAACUUCAAUUUUUCCAGUAUCAAACACUUAUUAUUUACUUAACCACAUUAAGUUACUUUAACAAUAAAUUCUCCCUAAUAUGAAUCAUUUUAGUAGUUUUAGUUGUUGCACCAGGCUUCAGAUUUAGUGGCACUGCUGGUGAAAAUGUUUCAAAAGCAUUGGAAUAGAUACAUUUUAAUAUGGCACUACCAUCAAAAGAUUGAUUUGUUUAAUUUUGAGAUGUAAUGACAUUUGGCGCUGGAAAAUGUAAAAAAAAACAAAAAAAUCCAAACAUUCAGUUUGUGGACACUUUAGUGUUGAAAGCUAAAUGUCUGUUUGGGACUCUGAAUAAUUCUUAUAGAAUAAUUAACUUUUUUGUGAUUGUCAAGAAAAAUCUACUUAUGAAAGAUGUGAUUUUGUCCACAGAACUAAUAUUUAUUCCUAAAUAUGAAAUCUUUUCCACACUGAACAAAUUGACUAAAAUUAAGAGUUAGAUGUUUCCAUAUUAUUUGGUUGGAUGUUCUUCCACUGUAAUAAAUGUUUUAAAUAUUUCAGACGUCAUUGCACAUGCACCAGCCCGGUCAGUAAGUGUAGAGGGUGCCAUGCUAUGAGAGCAGCGUAAUGACAUUUCCAGUGUUCUGAGCGCAGCUGGUUCUGAAUCUGUUUAUUUCUCAUCUUGUUUUUUUCUUGUUUUUUUUCUCCAUCUCACUCAUAAAACCUCCUGAGUACACAAACUCUCAGCAUGAAACCUGGCUGUCUUUGAAGAGUCCUCUCAAACACAAACAUACAUUGCUCUGAUGCUCCUGCACAUAUGAGAAUGACGAGAACCAGGACACCGUGGAGCAGAUUCUUAAAUGCAUCAUGGAAAAUGAAGCCAACAUGGAAGCCUUCAAUGAGAUGCUGGGAAACCAUAACGUCUGCGUGCGCCAUGAUCCACGGUUGCGUAAGGAGUCCAUUGGUGGCAUUCCUCCCCAUCUCCAUACAGUCCACUCAGGGACCGACCUCAACUCCUGCCUCCUCUGCACCCAGGUCAAAGCGAAGAGGGGCCACAGACAAAGCAGGACACCCCGUUUCAAACAACGACCUGGAGAGCAGACCGUCUUCUCUGUUGGAAGAUUCCGGGUGACACACUCUGAUAAGAAGCUCCAGGGAAGUCCUAACCUAUUGGCUGUUUUGGGGGACCAGCUGUACCAGUCCCAAGAUAGUGAGGAGAGAAAGGAGGAUGGGUACAAUCUGAAGAAUAUGUUUAAGGAAGUCCAACUCCCUCCAGAUGGUGCCAAUGGUGUUGCUGCAAAUGUGGGGAAAAGGAAGAAGAGUGUGACCAUAUUUGGGCUGAGGCGGGGCAGUGAUCCUUUAGGUUUGAGAGUAAAAGAGAGGGUAGGUAGAGACACUGGGGGGAUUAGAUUUGCUGUUGAACAGCCACCUGUUGUGAUGGAGGAACCUGUCCAGGCAGAGAGUGUAGAGGCUAAUCCAGAGCGUGGUACUAAAGCUGCUGCCAAGCUGAAUACUGAGCCUGCAUCAGCUCAACGUGAAGGCAUAACUUCUAUUCUCAAAAAAUUCUCCAACUCUAACUCUGGUUCCCAGGAAAGUUCCAGGCUUGGCCUACAAGGAAAGAUGGCCGCAGGAACCUCUGCCCCUUCCUCCCUGCCUGUUUCACCUGGGAAAUCUGUAGAUGUCGACAAUAAGAUAGUAAAGAUUGAAGAUCCUGGACCACUACAGACCUCAACCCCCAUUGACAUCAUACCUGCACCAAUUCCAGGUUUCACCUCUGCUAUGCCCACUGGUCAGUCCCAUUUGAACAAAGACUUUACGACUGCCAGAGUUUCCUCUGACCCAUGUUCCAGUCCAGAUCCAGAACCAGCUGCCAGCGGAGGCCUUGCUUUGAUAAGCUUGGGUUCAUCUCCUGCAUCUUCCUUCCAAAACAAGACUUUUUCAUCUGUCUUGUCAUUAAAAACGCCUACCUCAUCCCUGGCAGAGUCACCAAGCCCCAAAAGCAGAUUGGAGAGCAAACCAUUAUCACCACUCGCCCCAUGUUAUUCUCCAACUGCAGCCUCACCCCAUUCAACCCUAAAGUCAGAAUGUUUGACUUCUGUAAGAUCUGCAACCCAUGGAGAUUUACAUCCAAGUUCAUAUUCCACGAAGGAACACAAGCUUGAAGGACAGACUGAAGAAAAGAUAGAAAAAAAGAGACCUGGAAUCUUAAAGACACCCAAACUGUCUUCAGUUGCAGCAGGAGAUCCAGCCUCUUUGUCUGAGCAGGUUUUAAAAGACAGACUGGGAAGUUUAUCUUUGACACCCCCCAGCCCGUUGUCCCCAUCCUCACUUCAAGGAGGGAGAGUAAGUAGUGUAUCAAUUGUUAAAGCCAGUCCUGACAGCAAGAGGGAGUUCUCUGUCGUCACUAUGGUGCACAAAGAAGAGGCAUCCUCAUCGGACCAGAGGUUGAAGAGUUUCCAAGAUGGAUUUAAAUCAGAGAGAGAGGAAACAAACCCCACUGUUAGAAAGCAAGAACAGAUUUUUAUUGGUGAAUCUGAGACUCAGAGAAAGGAAACCUCAGUAGUAGAAACCAGAUCAUAUCCAGAUCAAGACAAGGAUGACAUGAUGGAGAUGGAAGACAUUAGAGACUGCAAGGUGACACAGGUGGAAGGAGCUGAAGGGCCGAGAGGGGACACUGACAAAAUGUUGGAUAACCAAUCACUACAGAACCAAGAAGAAAAGUACCAAGAUGAUGAAGAGUCUACUGCAUUCAGAAACAAUCCAAGCAGAGAGACAAGCGAUACCACAAACUGAACUACACUCAGACAAGUGAUAAGAUCGAUGACAAAAUACUAUGAUAAGCAUUCUUUUAUUCAUUUAACUUCAGAUGAAUUUUUUGGAAAAGUUUUUUUCCCUUUCUUGCCAUAAGAGUGAAACUGACACCAGACCUUCAUAUUUAUAUUAAUGUAAAAGUUAUGGUUUGUUAAUAUCAGCUUUGUUCUGUAAGUUUACCACUAACCACCAUACCACCAAUGGGCUGGUGGUCUGGUGUUUGGAUAUGCAUGAACAAUGCCACUGGCAUUCAUCUCCUUACUAACAGUUUAAGAGUUUCACUUAAUGCCCUGAAAUGUGUCGAAGUCCCUUCCUUUACCAAAUAGAGCAUUGGUUUAUAAUCAAUUGGCAAACCACAAACAGUUGUGUCUUGGAAGAUCUCACACAGUGUCUUAUGGGAUAGUCACAUUCUACUGAUUUUCUACCAUCAAAGAGAUUGGGCCGACUACCAGAGGAUUAGAAGACAAUGGACUUCUGCAGUGUUACCAUUGAACUGAGGGCUGUGAAAACAGACUACAAAAGAUUAUUCUCUAUUAUUCCACUGAGUUUUUUUUAAUUGGUAUUCAUUAAAGAAAUGUAGUUAUUCCAAUUUGCACAAUUUUAUUUUCAAUGGAAACACAGUUUCUUGACAGCAGAGGUCUUAAGCGAAGUCCCAAGUAAAGACAUUCAGGUGCAAAGUCAAGAUCAAGAGUUAAGUUCAUGUUCUAAGUUCUUAGUUUUUCCAUUCUUACUAAGUCAUUACCAAAUAUGUCAUUCAGUUUCAGAGUAAUAAGAUUUGACUUAAACUACAACUACCUAAAAAAGGUAAUACCAAAGUGAGCAAAUUUAAACAAAUGAGUUAAAAAUGGAAAUGUAUUUACUUUAAGGCUGAUGUUACUCCAGAGUGUCAGCAUUCACAUGCAUGUUUAAUGUAUAAAUUAAAUAAAAACUAAAUGCAAUAAAAUAUGUCUCCCAAAAUAUA